ACGCUGUCAUGAUUUUAGUAGACGUGAAUAAUUUUCUUGUGGAAUAUGUUUCUUACUCUUGUAUGCUAGGAUUGUUAUUUGUAAAUUUUGUGGGUAUAAUUCUAACAGUAAAUUGAGCGCUUUCUCCGCCAUGAAGUCAGUAACAUCCGUUUCUUGUUGAAGACUAGUCAUAAUUAGCCUCUGUCAAAGAUAUUUAUUAUAUAUCAACUAUACAAGUCAUGCAUAUUCAUGGGAAAAUAGGGUGCUUUAGUUUUGUGGUUGCUUUCCUUCUUAAUCUCAUCAUCACUGUUUUCGUCGCGCUUCAUUUGCAUUCACCGGAAAUUGCUCAUGAAGAAAAACCUACUAUUGGACUUCAUUAUGCCAUACUCAUUUCAUGUGUCCUGUUAAUAAUCAGUUGUCUGUCAUCACGAAUUUGUUGUCAAGGACAAAUUUUUGAAAUUGUUUGGAGAUCCAUACUACUUGGGAUAGGCCAAGCAUUGGGAAUUACAGUUACAUCUUGUUGUAGUACAAACUAUCAUUCAUUAGGAUGGUACAUUUCAAUUAUGUCUUUUUUCCACUUUUCUGAAUUUGUUGUGACAUCAGUAAUAAGGCCCCAAAACCUAACACCUGAAAGUUUUUUGCUUAACCACAGUAAAGCAUAUGGUAUAGCAGCCUUAGUUUCUUGGGUUGAAUAUUGGACUGAAUUGUGGCUUUUCCCAGGUUUAAAGAAGAAUUAUUGGAUAAGCGGAAUUGGUCUGUUUCUUUGUAUUGGAGGAGAAAUUGUAAGGAAGACUGCCAUGCUGACCGCCUUCCAUAAUUUUGAUCAUCUUAUCAGGACCCAGCGUGAAGAACAUCACCAACUUGUCACUGGAGGCAUCUACAGCCUGUGCCGUCAUCCGAGUUAUGUAGGAUGGUUUUAUUGGUCCAUCGGUACACAAAUUAUUUUAUGUAAUCCAUUGUGCUCUGUUGCAUACUUGAUCGCAUCUUGGAAGUUUUUUUAUGAACGCGUGUUUGAAGAAGAAAUGACUCUUUUGCAUUUCUUUGGUCAUGAGUAUGUUGUUUACCAAUCCAAAGUGCCUACUGGUUUGCCAUUUAUUCACGGGUAUAAUAUAAAUUAAUCCGUCCCUUAUUCGAAA